AUUGGAUGGGGCGCUCCAUCUAAUAAACAAGGUCAUUAACGAUUCGUUUUUGAUGCUGUAACGUCCAUGAAGAAUGUAGCACUCACCAGCAUUAUCUUAGUUUAUCAUGCUAUAACUUGUGAUGUUUUCGCGAAUAAUUAUGUCCUGCUUUCUAGUUUCGAUAAGCCGUGCAAAGAAAGGCAUGACAAAGGAUUUGUCGCUAAUUAUGUAGUGGAUGAUAUUACAAUUCGUGAACAGUUAGUGUUAUCUUGGCCUGGGGAUUUAAAUACGUCUUCGUUUUAUAAUCCUCCAAGGACUCCGAAAUUUGCAUUGUGUCCUGGAUUAGUCAUUCAUCCUUCUGGUCGUUUUGUAAAAAGAUCAUUCCCAGAAGGUCUAGCUCUCUUUUGGUUAUUAAGAGCUAAUAUCCACUUUACUUGUCCUAAAAAUGCCCAUUUGUCUGAAUCCUUUUAUCUUCAAUUGGAACAAUGGAUUGAAUCGUUGGAGUGGAACACAAAACACUGGCGGCAAGAUGCUUUAAAGGAUCAAGAUGGUGAUACCAUAGAUUCAACUAGUAUCGGAGAAGCACCUGAUGAAAUCUUACUGAUCAACUGCUCAAGUUCUUACAUUGGUCAGUCUAACCAUUGGAGUUUAUCUGGAUAUUUACGAAGAAUUCGCAUUACUUGGAAGCUGAGAAACGAAACAGAAGUUACAGAUCUUUCGACAAUUACAAAUACAUCACUGUCGAGUACUUCUUCCUCUGUUAUCUUUUUGAAUACAAGUUUCAGUGACUCUUCAUUGUCAUCAACAUCCCACUUAAACAAUCUGAAUAAUCAACAUUUUCUUUCCAGAUCAGGCAUUAAAUUUCUUGUGCGUAUCUCUUCACAUAUGCUAUUCGUAGGAAAUUUCUCUAUGGAACGCCAGAAAGCAUUAUGUGAAUUUUUCUCUGGAUUUUGGUGUUUUCAAUCUUUAUCUACUUCCAAUACUACGUCAACUAACCAUCAUCACCAAGACAACCAAACUAAUCAUUUAUCAUCGUCUACGUCAAUGUCGUCCUCACCACUAACACCAUUGCCCAAUCAGUAUAAUAUCUUAUCAAGUAAACAUCCUAUUUGUGUUCAAGCUACAAUGCUGUGUGAUAGCCUUCCAGAUUGUGAUUUGAGAGUACCUAUGAAUGAAGUUAAUUUAUCACAGGAUGAAGCGAAUUGUAAUAUGAUCCCAUCAAAUUAUUCCCUGAAAACAUCUUCUAAAUUAUCUAAAGACCAUCAUUGGAUAUCUAAAUUACCAUGGAUAGUUCUUGCACCGGUACCUGCUAUAUUAAUCUGUGCUCUAAUACGUAUAUGUUCACAGAAACGUCAAUUAGACAUGAUUGAAGAUAAUAAUAAUAAUAAUCAUUAUAAUUUUAAUAUAAAUAAUCUUAAUGAAUGUUCAACAGUAAUAUCCAGUUCCAUAACAACAACAACAACAACUACAAAUCAUUGUGAUAAAUGUUUACAUCUACAAUACAAAAAAUUACCUACUAAUUAUUUUAUAAUUAAACGUAAAUUACACAAUUAUCGAGGAAGUAUACCGGGACUAUUGAAUCGAAUAAAUAAAUUAUCUAGUGUUAUUGAAGUUGAUGAUGAAAUUGAUCCCAGUAUAGAUCAACAAGUGAAUAUAUUGAAAAUGAAACCAUUGAAUAAUACUAAUACUAAUACUACUACUAAUGAUAAUAAUAUUAAAACAAAAUUGACAAAUAAUUCAAAUCAUUGUGGUAAUUCAUUGCAACAUUGUUAUUCCUUGCCUGAAUUUACUAUAAAGCAUCAUGAUAAGGAUGACGAUGAUGAUGAUGAUAGAUUUAAUAAUGAUUUGAUGUGUUAUAGUGUUAACAAUGUGAUUAUUUCCAAUCGAAAUUUUCAUGCAAUCAGUACUUGUUCAAGUCGUGAAGCAAGUUUCAAUGAUGGUGAUGAUGAUGAUGAUAAUGGUGAUAGGCUUAAUAUCAAUCAAAAUCUUAUUACACAAUAUCAAUCGAUAGAAUCAUUUAAUAAUAAUAAUAAUAAAAGCAAAAGUUGUGAUAGUCUACAUAAAAUAAGUAAACAAAAUAAAAAAAUGUAUUAUUUAUCGAUUUCUCCUUGUUCUUCCACUUCAUCAUCAAUCGAUCGUAAUAAUGAUGAGAAUAAAAAGAAUCAUGUAAAGAUUUUAUCUGAUUCCCCCAGUGAUAACAAUAGUCAAUUGAUCAUCCAAAAAUUUCCUAAAACAAUCAUAAUAUCCAAUCAAUAUUUUAAUAAUAAUAAUAAUAAUUCAUUAUCAAAUUUCAAAUUGAAUAUGACCGCUCAAUAUAAUAAUCAAUAUCAUGAUGAUGAUGAUGGUGGUGACGGUGACAGUGACGGUGACGGUGACGGUGUAAUAGAAUAUGAUUAUUCUAAUCAAUAUCAAUCAAGAAAUCAUUUAUUAUCUGAUUCAACAAUAUAUAAUUCUCAACAAAAAUUCUAUAAUUUACCAUUGAAUUAUUCUUUAUCUUUGAAUUCAUUUAAUGAAAAUAUACCAAGAAAACUUUCAACAUUAACAAAAUGUAUAAAGUAUAUUCAUCAUCAAUUGAUGAAUUCUUCAUUGACAUUUGGUAAUUAUUUAAAAAAUAAACAUGUAUAUAAUAGUCAAACAAAAUUAUUAAUGAUGGAAUCUAAGUUAAAUAUAUAUCAUAAUAGAAAUGAUUGAUUUCUUACGGAUAAUAUUCAACCUGUAUCUUUUUAUGUCAAUAAAUGAAAAUACUCUUCGAAACCUAACUUAUCUGCAUUUUUGUACUUAUUUUUCUGAUAUUUUGAGAAUCUUAAUUUUUCUCAUUAACAACUACUACUGAUGGGUAUAGUUAUUUCAUUAUUUUACCCUUUUUUUCGAUUAUACUCUUCAAUCUCAUAGUAUUUUUACUUUAUAAAACUGAUUAUUUAACAAAUUUUGUUUGUUUUCUUCUUCUUCCAAUUUUUUUUAAUUUUAAACAUUUCUAAACUCUGAACAAAUCGUGUUUCACAAUAUUUGGGCACCGAAUUCAUGUAAGUCAUUAAAGAGCUUGAACCAAAUUGCCAAGUGAAACGUUGGAAUUACUUCAAAUUCUUUCACUAAGAUAUUACAAAUAUAUAUAUUAUUCUUCUUUAAUUUCUAAACUCUGUUUUAUAUUAGACCUUAUGAUUAAACCAAAUAUAGAAUUGCAUUUACUUUCUAUUCUCAUCAUCUACACAAUUCUUCUCAAUGCAUUUUUUUAAAGUUUCUAUUGUUUGUUGUUGUUGUUUUCUCUCUCUUUUUUUCUGUAUUUUUGUUUACAUUUUAAUCCUGAAUCAUUCAUAUUGACUGAUUUUCUACUUUUAUACAUAGAUACAUACAUACAUAGAUAUACAUGCACACACAUAGACACACCCAACAUGUUUCUUUUCUCCAGUUUUGUUAUUGUAUUAUAUGAUUGAUUUCAUUUAUAUUGUUAAGUGUAUAUUCUCUUGUUACUAGUUAAUAAAUAUGUUCUGUUUGUUUUGUUUUUUUUGCUUUGAAAUGUUCCACACACAAAUUUUUUUUUGUUGCAUGAUUAACAUUCAGUAUUAUUUUGUCUAUGAAAUUAGUUUUAUGAAACAAACAAAACAAUAUGUGUAUCUUAUGUUUUAUUUAUUCCCCUCAAUAUACAUACAAAUUUUAA